AUGCUACAAUACUUUUGGCAUUUUUUCGUUCUUUAUUCUUUUUUAAUCUUAUUUACUACUUUUGUGGAGAUUUCUUCGGUUAAUGCUAGUGGAGGUAUUAAUCCUGAAUCGCCUAAAGGAGAAGGAUCAGUUGUUGACCAUGAAAAGCUAAAAAAUGUAAAAGAUCGAGCUGAAAACGGGGAAGCUGAAAAUUAUAAUAAAAAUUUGAUUAAAAAUCUUGAGCCAUUGAUAAAGGAAAUGGUAGCUAAGAUAGUAGAAAUUGGAAAUGAAGAAGAAUUUGAAGGAAUUAUACUUCCUUUUAUUAAAACUAUAACAGAUAUAGACAAUAUACAAGCAUGUUUUAACAAAGUUAUAGAAAUAAAAAUGUUUGAUAAAAGUAUUCUUCAAUUCUUUAAAAAUGCUUCAACAUUUGAAAGAUUUGUAGAGUAUUUCAACAAACGUUAUGAAGUCAUAAAAAAUUCAAAAAAGACGUCGAAAACGCUCAAAAAUAAUUUAGAGGUUUGUCUAUGA